UUUAUGUCAAAUAAGCCAUUGGAAAUUAAUACUGAAGUACUUUUUACAUAUCUUCUGCUAGCUAUCCUGUUGGUUGUAUGAGGUCGCGUCUGAUUUGUAUCAGUUAGACCAGUUGCCAGCGAACUCGUUCCUGGUCCUCAGAGAUACGUCGGCAGUGGAUUAACUCGUGCUGAUACAAUAACGCCUGGGUCCACACUGGAUGGUCCCGCAGCUCCAUAAAAAUAGCUCGCCUAUUUAAUCCCACCAAAGAGAAAGCUUUCACCUAUAUUUCCACGCGUGUCCAGCCCGAAAAGAAUGCACUGUGUUGCAACAGUUAUCUAUUGAUUUCUGUCAUGCUGUUUGCUUUUCUGUGUAAACGGUGUUCGUAUCACGAGUGAGAUUAACGUUGAAUUUGGAAAAGUUGUUUAAAUUAUUAACCCCAAAUGCAUCGGUGUUAUUUGUAAUUUGACUGCUCAGAAGUUGCCAGAAUGCCCUUAAUGGUAGUAAUCAGGCAACACAAAAGUUUUUAAAUAACUGUUAGCAUGUGAUUUGGAAUUUAGGAUUCAGAGAAAAAAAACUUGUUUACAGUAAUUAUUAGUAGUAGUACUACAGAGAAAUGGAUACAUAAGAAAAUAAAACUAUUUCUGCUUUAGUUUAAUUUGGAUAAAAUAAGUUCUAUCAGUAAGACCACUGUUAGAGUCAUACCAUGAGGUGGGGAGUCUGUCUUUAUCAGGGAAUGUCAGGUUCCCUUAAGCUCCGGAGCGGUUGCGACAUAUCAGCACUAAGCAUGUUUUCCUUGGGUGCAGACAGAGGUAGACCAGCCCAAAUUAGCGUGGCUCUAAGGGGGUGUUGUAAGAAUAUGCAGGAUGAAGUCAGCAGUGUUUUGGAUGAAUGAUUUUCUGGGGGGUCUGAUGAUGAUGAGGAGGAGAAUAAGAAAAGGGCAGCUUCAGUGUUAAGCACUUUCACUAUGUUGAGAGUUUAUCAUUGCAGCCUCAUAAUGGUGUGAUGCAUAAAGCAUCACUAUUCUAUUUUGAUAUGUUCUAUUCUAGUACAUCCUCAGAUGUCACAAAUAUUUUGUAAAGUUUGUGCAGGUUUUGCAGAGCUUAAUUUUAAAUAAUUUGAAAGUAAAAUACUGCUGUUCUGAUGAAGUCCAUGUUUAUACGAAAGCCUACUUGCAUUUGCAGCCGUCCGUCCGACACCUGGGGAACGAUGGCCUCCACGGACUGCUACAUUGUGCACGAGAUCUACAACGGAGAGAACGCGCAGGACCAGUUUGAGUACGAGCUGGAGCAGGCCCUGGAAGCCCAAUACAAGUACAUAGUGAUCGAGCCCACGCGCAUCGGCGACGAGACGGCACGCUGGGUCACCGUGGGGAACUGCCUGCACAAGACGGCAGUGCUGUCGGGCCUGGCGUGCCUGCUGGCGCCCCUCUCCCUGCCCGUGCAGUAUUCGCGCUACGUGGCCCUGCCCGCCGGCGCGCUCACUGUGGCCUGCGCCGCCCUCUACGGCAUCUCCUGGCAGUUCGACCCCUGCUGCAAGUACCAAGUGGAGUACGACAGCCAAAAACUCUCGCGCCUGCCGCUGCACACGCUCACCUCAUCCUCACCGGUGGUGCUGGUGAGGAGGGACGACGUGCACAGAAAGAGACUCCAUAACACGAUAGCACUGGCCGCGUUGGCCUACUGUGUCAAGAAGAUCUACGAACUUUACAUUCUAUGAUUCUUUUUUAAAAAAAAAAAAAAAAUCUGAAUCACAAACACGGUAAAACCAAGAAAGGCCAAAACACAGAAAUUCCCCACAAAAAAAGACCUGAGUUCAGUAGCCUUUUGGUGCCAGUGGAAACUGCUUAUGAUAGUUUUUUUUUUUUUUUUUUGUCUUCAAACAUUUUGUGCACUGAUUGACAUAAUAUAAAGCCCAUAUAUAUAUUUGCUUUCACCCAUAGCAUCUUCCCCCAUGUCACCCCCAAACUGGGGGGGGGGUACGCUGACGUUAAAUUGUGACAGUGACAAUUAAAUGGACGCAUUAACAUGUUAAGGAUUAACAGCCAGCUGCAGCUGUCUGUCCUUCUUAGAUGUUUUCUUGUACCCUGGUCAGAAAGUCACCUCUCCAUUAAAAUGUAGGAUAUUUAAACAUU